GAUCAAUGGAGGCUCGUUUAUAUACGUCUUUGCACUGAUAGACCCAUCUCUGCUGGUAUCAACCUAAACAACUAUCUCCGUUCAAAAUUUUUGGUCUGAGGUGAAUGGUAAGCAGAGGGAAGCUCAGUCAUCAAAUCCGGAUGGGUUUCACAACGAAGGAACAAAGGUUUUUUUUUUUUUUUCUUUUUCAAUAUAUUUUUUUUCUUUAAACCUCCUGUCGCAGUUACCUCUCUUUUCGUCUUAUCCCUUCAUACACAUUCACUAUGUUCAAUCGUUUGAGGUCAUUAUCGAAGCCUCCAAGCCCUGUGGAUGACGGUCCUACAUGUAGCAUUCCUAUCUUAGACCCACCGGGCAAUAUCCCAACUCCAGUAUCGUCACUGGAUGAUACCCAACAAGAGAAAGUAUCCCGAUUGCGAAAGCACUUUGACGAAUACAUGUUACCCGAAACCGACGAAUACUACGAGAAUGAGAAAGGUUUUUUGACUGAUAAUACGCUGCGCCGCUAUCUUCGUGCACGAAAGUGGGAUGAGCUGGCUGCUAUCAAGAUGCUUGAAGCUACCGUUCAAUGGAGAAGAACUGAAAAGCCAGAGUGUUACGACCCUGAAUACAUAAGCCCAGAGGCUGAGACCGGUAAAAUGUAUUUCUCAGGUUUUGAUAAGACGGGUCGACCGAUUUGGAUUAUGCGGCCUAGACUGGAAAAUUCAAAGAAUGCAGAGCGACAAGUCAAGCAUAUCAUCUUCAGUUUGGAGCGGGCUAUUAGACUAAUGCCUGCUGGAGUAGAAAACAUCUCAAUCAUUGUCGACUUCAAAGACGCAUCCAGCGGCCACAGUCCUAGUGUAGCGACUUGUAAGAAAUUUUUGGAUAUCCUCGGUAAUCAUUAUCCAGAGCGGCUUGGAAAAGCGUUUGUGGUUUCAGCACCAUGGGUCUUCCAUGCCACCUUUAAAAUUAUAUCCGUCUUCAUGGACCCUGUCACCCUUGCAAAGAUCAAAUUUGCCAUCGACAAGAAGGAUGACUCUGAGAAAGAGCGCCAAAAGUCUCAAACUGAGAACGAGUGGGUCUUUUUAGAAGACUACAUUGACGUCAACCAGCUGGAAUCUGUGUAUGGAGGUACUUAUAACUUUAAGUACGACUUUGAUGUCUAUUGGAACGCUUUGUUAGAUCACACUGGGCGGCCAUAUAAAGUGAUCCGCUAUUAGAAUGUGCAUUUUUAAAAAAACAUUGUUCGAAUCUGUUCAAAAAAAAAAUUAAAAAAAUCAUUUAACACACUUUACAAGCG